AGACAUCCAGACUCCUCUUGUCCUCAUUGCAUGCUUCAGAGUUCAAUUUAGAUGUAUCUCUCACAUCCAUUUCUAUCGAGCCUUUACCUUUAAAUUUUAAACUUGAAAAACUUCCAGAGUACCUGACAGUGAUUGGUCAGAGACAGAGCCACCGGAUUACCUGAUGGCAGCCCUUAGAGACCAUGGCCUUAGAACCUAGGUUAUGCAUAGCCCUCACCUUAGGAAGGAGUCCCUUCAAGGGCAAAUAAGGUGUGAUAGUCCUUGCAACACUGAAGCAUGGAGUAUCCUGUGAAGCAUGAGCUUGCUUGAUGCAGCAUGAAUGCACCCCAGGAAACAUGAGCAUGCCCCUCCAAGUGCAAGCAUACCCCAAAAGUGGGUAGCCAUAGAGCCAGAAGGGCAGGUUCCCUGAAAAAAAAAUAAAGACCUCAAGACCUUAUCCUAAAUGGGAGAUCUUGGAUGCCAGAGGAUUUACUGAUAUUUCCAUGAAACAGCCAGGCCAGGAAGAUAACUGAGCUUAGAGCACUCUUGCUGGUGCCAAUGCAUUGAUUAGUCCAGAUGGCACAAGGGAGAAGAUCUUGGGAGCCAAUUUUGAUCCCUUCCUCAUCACCAAGAAAUACUAGCAAAGACUGUGGGAUCUGUGGAGGACAGAAGGAGAGCUUCAUUUUCUACAAAACACAGUCUGCAGAUUGAGGAGAUGCAGCCUUGGAGGUGGAGAGCUAUAAAGUUAAAAACCACAGGGCAGGGAAGAGGAGUUAAGAACAGAGUCUUGAUUGGAAAGCCUUUAAGCCCCAAGUCACAUGUCUCUUAAUUGGCUGUUCCAAGGUGGUCAGUUAGUUCUUACCACAUGAUCUGUUGGUGAGCAGUUGGAAAAUUCCCAGGUACAGAUUUUUUCAGAAAAUGUUAUUUGACUUGGCUACAGAAAAAUAGGUUUUGCAACACUUACUAAGAACACAGAGAACAUGACCGUCACCUAAACCUGCCAUGGCCUCUUGGGUUUGUUUUUGCUUUUGAGGAACAGGGAGUCCUUCUUGUCUGUUAACCUGGAGGCGUAAUUUGACAACCUAGAUAACAAAUAGAGAUGGGUUUUCCAAAAAUAAUUAUUUUUAUUUGGGAAUAAAGCAUUGCAAUGGGAAUAUGUGUGCCAGGGUAGACUCUGUGCAUAUUCAGGUAGGUAAAGUAAGACAAAGUUUAAAAAAGUAAUGAGGAGAAUUACAUAUUUGUUUUGGAAUGAUUAUCCUUGGCUGUAAAGAUCAGUAACAAAGCUGACAUCAGUUUGAGGUUCGACAGGCCGUUGCUGGGCAGAUGUUCUUGCAGAAGUAUUUUUCUUUAGGUUUCUGAGAAUCUAUAACCUUCGGGCUUACCAAUAGCAGCGAUUGAUUUGUUUACUGAUUGAUUGUUCACAGAAUAGGAAAUCAAAGGAGGCCAAAAUAAGGACAGCCAUAAUUAUUUGCCAAUUGUCAGUUUGAAAAGGGUACCCAAAUCCCUCCACACGAGGAGUAACAUAAGUGGCUUUCCUACUGGCUGUAGCUGUAGACCCACCUCCUUCCCCAGCACAUAAAUAUCCCUGUUAACAUUAACUGAAUCACCUCUGGGUAGAGAAAGCAAACUGUGUAUGCACAGCCCAGCAAAGAGCAGCACACAGCUGAAAGAAAAACUCAGAAGACAGAGUUGAAAAAGAAAACUGGUGAUGGAUCUCAUUCCAAACUUUGCCAUGGAAACAUGGGUUCUCGUGGCUACCAGCUUGGUACUCCUCUAUAUUUAUGGGACUCAUUCACAUAAACUUUUUAAGAAGCUGGGAAUUCCUGGGCCAACCCCUCUGCCUUUCCUGGGAACUAUUUUGUUCUACCUUAGGGGUCUUUGGAAAUUUGACAGAGAAUGUAAUGAAAAAUAUGGAGAAAUGUGGGGGCUGUAUGAGGGACAACAGCCCAUGCUGGUCAUCAUGGAUCCCGACAUGAUCAAAACAGUGCUAGUGAAAGAAUGUUACUCUGUCUUCACAAACCGGAUGCCUUUAGGUCCAAUGGGAUUUAUGAAAAGUGCCUUAAGUUUUGCUGAAGAUGAAGAAUGGAAGAGAAUACGAACAUUGCUAUCUCCAGCUUUCACCAGUGUAAAAUUCAAGGAAAUGGUCCCCAUCAUUUCCCAGUGUGGAGAUAUGUUGGUGAGAAGCCUGAGGCAGGAAGCAGAGAACAGCAAACCCACCAACUUGAAAGAUUUCUUUGGGGCCUACACCAUGGAUGUAAUCACUGGCACAUUGUUUGGAGUGAACUUGGAUUCCCUCAACAACCCACAAGAUCCCUUUCUGAAAAAUAUGAAGAAGCUUUUAAAAUUGGAUUUUUUGGAUCCCUUUUUACUCUCAAUAUCACUCUUUCCAUUUCUUACCCCAGUUUUUGAAGUCCUAAAUAUCGGUUUGUUUCCAAAAGAUGUUACCCGUUUUUUAAAAAAUUCCAUUGAAAGGAUGAAAGAAAGUCGCCUCAAAGAUAAACAAAAGCACCGAGUAGAUUUCUUUCAACAGAUGAUUGACUCCCAGAAUUCCAAAGAAACAAAGUCCCAUAAAGCUCUGUCUGACCUGGAGCUUGUGGCCCAGUCAAUUAUCAUUAUUUUUGCUGCCUAUGACACAACUAGCACCACUCUCCCCUUCAUUAUGUAUGAACUGGCCACUCACCCUGAUGUCCAGCAGAAACUGCAGGAGGAGAUUGACGCAGUUUUGCCCAAUAAGGCACCUGUCACUUACGAUGCCCUGGUACAGAUGGAGUACCUUGACGUAGUGGUGAAUGAAACGCUCAGAUUAUUCCCAGUUGUUAGUAGAGUUACAAGAGUCUGCAAAAAAGAUAUUGAAAUCAGUGGGGUGUUCAUUCCCAAAGGGUUAGCAGUGAUGGUUCCAAUCUACGCUCUUCACCAUGACCCAAAGUACUGGACAGAGCCUGAGAAGUUCUGCCCUGAAAGGUUCAGUAAGAAGAACAAGGACAGCAUAGAUCCUUACAGAUACAUACCUUUUGGAGCUGGACCCCGAAACUGCAUUGGCAUGAGGUUUGCUCUCACAAACAUAAAACUAGCUGUCAUUAAAGCACUGCAGAACUUCUCCUUCGAACCUUGUGAAGAAACUCAGAUCCCACUGAAAUUAAACAAUCUACCAAUUCUUCAACCAGAAAAACCUAUUGUUUUAAAAGUGCACUUAAGAGAUGGGAUUACAAGUGGACCCUGACUUUCCCUAAGGACUUCUACUUUGUUCAAGAAAGCUGUAUCCCAGAACACCAGACACUUCAAAUUGCUUUGUGAAUAAAACUCAGAAAUGACGAUGAGCUUAACCUAAUGUAUUGGGUGAAUAAUUAGAAAUGAUCUACAUUCAUUGAGCUCUCAUUGUCUGUGUAGAGUAUUACACAUUGCAUACUAUGAAGGAGAUGACAAAUAAGUGCCAAAUAAGUACAGUCACCUUCUCUAGUUCUCAUAAGACUAUCUCCUUGCCACCUCCAGUUAGUACCCUCAGGUCCUCCUGAGCUCUGAUCAGAGAAUAAACUUUUCUCUACAAUUUUACCAACAAUUUUUAAUGAAAAGGAAAAUUAUAGUUGUGAUUAUUGUAGUGGCAUUUAUAUUACAUGUUCUAUUUGUGAUAUUCUAUAGUAAGUAUUAUAUUGAGAAAGUCAAUAAACACCUCUUUACAAAA